AUCAAUUGGCAGUACAUUAGGAUUUAGGAAGACUUGGAAAUAAUCAAGUAUGGUGUCUGCUCUAGUUUUAAGCAGUAGCCGAACAACUCUGAUUUUCUUUCUCCUUUCGCUGCUUGCUCUGUCAAACAUACUUGUGGGCGUGAAACCUGCAGAGAGCAGCUUCCUGAAAAGCUUUUGCUCAACCAUUAGUAACUAUACAGAAGGAAGCAAAUUUCAGUUUAAUCUUGCCCGUUUGCUAUACAGAUCGCUAUACAAUAAUGGUGGCAAUUCCAUCUAUGCAAAUCGCAGUGAAGGAGAAGACCCUAAUAAAGUUCAUGGAGUAUUCCUUUGUAGAGGAGACGUUGCACCUGAAAUUUGCCAAAGAUGUAUAGACGUGGCAACUGAGCGGAUCUUGCGCGAAUGUCCUCACACCAAAGAUGCAAUCAUAUGGUAUGAUGAGUGUUUGAUCCGCUAUUCUAAUGUAUCUUUCGUCUCCGCCCUGGACUACUCAGGUGGAAGCUUUUUGUAUAACGCAGGAAACGUUUCGCGGCCAAAACAAUUUAAGCGGAUUUUGGGUUCAAUGUUUGAUAACCUUACCUAUCAAGCUACUUCAGUUAAUCCCAACCUUAAAUAUGCUGCAAAUUCUGAUGAAUUUGAACCGAUUCAGAAGUUGUAUGGUAUGGUGCAGUGUCUACCUGAUUUGUCAGCUGCAGAUUGUCGCGCUUGCCUGAAUACUGCUCUUUCUGCAAUCAGUACUCUACUCUCUGACGCCAGAGUACCACGCGGAUGCAGAGUUCUAUAUGCAAGCUGCAAUUUAAGGUAUGAGCUAUAUCAGUUCUUAAAUCCUGCUGGACGGGGUCCGGGAGCACCACAGCCAUCGACCAGCCAGGGUAACGAGGAUAAAGGUAAGUAUAAAAUAUUCUCUUCUACUUGA